CCUCGCCGUCUUACACGAGAUACCUGACCACGGUUACCAACCCAGUUGGCCAUUGAACGACAACCACCUUCUCUCACGUCUGCCACUUCACAUACCAUCCUCCAAAAUGGCAGACCCAGCGCCAGCACACCUCGAUCCCUCCGCCCUCGGCACAAAAGAAUACUGGGACACCCUCUACACCCGCGAACUCACAAACCACGCCGCCAACCCGCAGGACGAAGGAACCGUCUGGUUCGACGACGCCGACGCCCAGGCCAAGAUGGUCGCCUACCUCGACGAGCACUGCAGCAACCCCGACCACGAACCGCUCCACCACGAACCGCUCGACCCCUCGCGCGCCGCCGUGCUGGACCUCGGCUGUGGCAACGGCAGUCUGCUGUUUGCGCUGCGGGAUGAGGGGUGGGAGGGGAGGCUGUUGGGGGUGGAUUAUAGUGCGCGGAGCGUGGAGUUGGCGGGGAGGGUGGGGGGUGGGAGGAAGGGGGAGCGCGAGGUGGAGUUCAAGGUGUGGGAUGUGCUGAACGGGCCGCUGAGCGAGGUGGCGGUUGCGGUUGCGGUUGAGGGUGAGAGCGAGACUGAGACGGCGGCGGGGUGGGAUGUGGUGCUGGACAAGGGCACGUUCGACGCGGUGUCGCUCAGCGGGGAGCGCGACGGGCAGGGGCGGCGGAUCUGCGAGGGGUAUGGCGAGCGGGUUCUGCAGCUCCUGCGGCCCGGCGGCAUCUUCCUCGUGACGAGCUGCAACUGGACCGAGGCCGAACUGCGCGACUGGUUCGAGACCAAGACGCGGCCGACCGAGGCCGGCGCGAGGCUGCGGCUGGCGGGGAGGAUAGAGUACCCUAGCUUUCACUUCGGGGGCGUCAAGGGGCAGACCAUCAGCACGCUGUGUUUCGAGAAGGCCAGCAAUUAGGGACUGGUUAGGGCUAGCGAAGACAACGAGUGAUACCCGGCGAAG